AUAGUUUCCAAGUUAGCAGUUGGGAGAAAAAGAAAAAAGAAUAGACAAGGUAAGGUGUUGCAGAGAGAAAAAUGGCAACUGCAGCUUCACUAUGCAGCUCUUUUUUAGGAUGUACCCAACACUUCUCACCAUCAUUCUCAGCUAGGCCCAACCCAAUUUCGAUUCAAACUGCUGCUGCUCCAUCGCUUCUUAGAAUUGAAGCCAACCGUAAUACUAGACGCGAGAACAGGACUGCUCGCCAUGUUCGCAUCAGAAAGAAGGUCGAAGGAACUACAGAGAGACCAAGACUGAAUGUUUAUCGUUCCAACAAGCAUCUCUAUGUUCAGGUGAUUGAUGAUUCAAAGAUGCACACUCUUGCUUCGGCUUCAACAAUGCAGAAGCCUAUCUCCGAGGAGUUUGAUUAUAGUUCUGGUCCUACCUUGGAAGUAGCUAAAAAGGUUGGUGAAGUCAUUGCAAAAACCUGUUUAGAGAAAGGGAUAACUAAGGUGGCCUUUGAUCGAGGUGGAUACCCAUAUCAUGGACGUGUCCAAGUUCUAGCUGAUGCAGCUCGGGAACAUGGCCUUCAAUUCUAAGAUUUUGUUGGUUAGUUCCUUUUGAACACUAGUUUCCUUUUGAGUUAGCUUCAUGCCAGAAGAUGUUACUGUUUAUGGAUGAGACUGUGUAAUUGUACUGAAAUGCAAUUUUAAAAGCUUUCCUUUGUUGA